UAUUUAUCUUAUAGUUAGAUCAUAUUAUAUGUGCAGAUAAGCAUAUAUUGUUCAUGAUUUAAGCACAGAUUAUAUUAAAAUAUAAUGUUUAAUAUAAAAUGUGAUUUAAGGUUAGGUUCAGUGUAAAAAUGUAAGAUAAAUUUUCAACUCGUCAUUUUAGUAACAAACUGUCCGUCUUUCUAAUCACUAGUCAAGCCUUGUCGUUUUGUUUAAAUAUUAAAGUAUUUGAAAGAAGUAUAACAUCAAAUUGAAAUCCUUAAAUAUGGAUACAAUUAUUGAUAGAGGAGCGCCAAAAGCUCGUAACUUUGAACCAUAUGCAAGUAACGGAGGUUCGAUUGUUGCCAUUAGUGGUAAGGAUUUUGCUAUUGUUGCUUCUGAUACUCGUCUUAGUGAAGGAUAUAUGAUUUAUACGCGUAAACAAUCAAAGUUAUUCCAAUUGUCUGACAAAUCGGUUCUCGGGUGCACAGGAUGUUGGUGUGACACAUUAUCAUUGACCAAUAUUAUUCAGUCUCAAUUGAAGUCAUAUUUGUACGAUCACAACAAAAUAAUGCAGCCUAAUUCUAUUGCUCAAUUGCUAUCUACUCUGUUGUACAGCAGACGUUUCUUCCCGUACUAUGUGUACAAUGUACUUGCUGGCCUUGAUGCCAAUGGUGAAGGUUGUUUGUACAGUUACGAUCCUGUAGGUCAUUGUGAGAAAGUGAAUUACACUGCAGGUGGCAGUUCUGGGGUUCUCAUGCAACCUUUUUUGGAUAGUUGGUUGGGAAACCGAACUGCAGAUAACCCCGUUACUGAAGAAGAAGCGCUGAGCUUGGUUAAAGACGCAUUUACUGCAGCUGGAGAGCGUGAUAUAUACACUGGAGAUGAAGUAGUGUACAACAUAAUUAAGAAAGAUGGAAUCAAGACAGGUGUGGUUCAACUUCGUAAAGAUUAAAUUUUUAAUCAUA